UUGUCCGUACGCGAGCAGUUUUUCAAAUAUAUAUUUGUUUUUGUUUGGCAAGGAAAUUUGAAUUAAUCCGGUCCAUUUCAAAACCUGUACAGCUCCGCGCCUCUCUAUCUCUUCGAAUCGUGGAACAUCCGCGUAGAUUUCACGCCCAAACCCUCGUAAAUAUAAAUACAUAAUAUAGCUGCCUCUCUCCAGAUCUCUCUCUCUCUCUCUCUCUCUCUGUAUUUCAAAUUCCGGAUCCACCGCUUCGAAAUCAAGCCCCAAACCCUAUUUCGCUCUCUGGCUAUAGAUUUUCUCUUUCUGUCUUUGUGAGCUAAGAAUAACAAUGAGGAAAGGAGCGAAGAGGAAGGCGAGCCAGAGGAAAGAGGCCGAUACUGCGCAAGACAAGCAGCAGGAGUCGAAGAAAGCGACUUCUCGAGCUAAGCGGGUCAAGGCCUCCGUGCCCGAAUCCGAGCCCGAGUACUUCGAGGAUAAGCGUAACUUGGAAGAUCUAUGGAAGGCAGCAUUUCCCGUUGGGACGGAGUGGGAUCAAUUGGACUCGGUCUACCAAUUCAACUGGAAUUUCUCAAAUCUAGAAGAUGCAUUUGAAGAAGGGGGAAAGCUUCAUGGAAAGAAAGUUUAUCUCUUUGGUUGUACAGAACCUCAAUUGGUCUCUUUCAAGGGUGAAAGCAAAAUUAUCUGCAUACCUGUGGUAGUUGCUGUUGUAUCUCCAUUCCCUCCUUCUGAUAAGAUAGGGAUUAACUCAGUUCAGAGAGAGGCUGAGGAAAUUAUUCCCAUGAAACAAAUGAAAAUGGACUGGGUUCCUUAUAUUCCUCUUGAGAAUAGAGGCAGCCAAGUUGAAAGCCUUCACUCUCAAAUAUUUAUAUUGAGCUGCACCCAAAGAAGGGCUGCUUUAAAACACUUGAAGAUAGACCGGGUCAAGAAAUAUGAGUACUGCUUGCCUUAUUUCUACCAGCCCUUCAAGGAAGAUGAGCUUGAGCAAAGCACUGAGGUUCAAAUAAUUUUUCCAUCAGAAACAAAGCCGAUUUUCUGUGAAUUUGAUUGGGAGUUGGAUGAACUUGAGGAGUUCACAGACAAGCUGAUACAGGAGGAGGAGUUGUCCGAAGAUCAAAAGGAUGCCUUCAAGGAGUUUGUCAAGGAGAAAGUUCGGGAAGCAAAGAAAGCUAAUCGAGAGGCAAGGGAAGCCCGGAAAAAAGCCCUUCAAGAAAUGAGCGAGGAAACUAAGGCAGCUUUUGAGAACAUGAGGUUUUACAAGUUCUACCCUGUGCAAACACCAGAUUCACCUGAUAUAUCUAAUGUUAAGGCUCUGUUCAUAAACAGGUAUUAUGGGAAGGCUCACGAGGUUCUGUGACCGGUGGGCGUCAAGGGCUAGCGAUGAUCAAAGGCCGCAAAUAGGGGUUCCAAAACAGUCGAGAUUCACAAAGUUUUGGUUUAUUACGGUGAAGUUUUUGGAGGCAAAGCCCUUUCUUGCCUCUUCAUAUAUACUUUUGUUGAGAUCAGAGUUUAGGGUGUGUCAGGAAAAGAUGUACACCAGUAGUUUCCGAAUUUUUAGAUGAACAAAUGAGGUGCUUUUCUCAGCGCAGGAGGAAUUUGUAAGAUACAUUCUCGAGGUUCAUAAGCUUCUCGAGUGGCAAACCAGUGAUUUCCUGGUAUCUCUCGAGUUGUGAUUUGUCAGGGUCUUUUGUAAUAUUGGUUCUGGUUCAUUUAGUUUUGUAUGACCAAAAUUUUAAUCUUAGAAACAAUAAGAAUGAUAACAAAGUUAGUAUUUA